CCGAAUUUUAAUUGUGACUGGUUCGCGUUUUAGUGUGCACGUCAAAUCGUACGAUCGUUAUAAAUGUUCAAUUGUGCUUUAAGUGGGUGUAAAAUGGUUAUGGACCAUGAUGCUACCCGGUCAAUGGUGCAACAGAAAAGCCCCUUUAAACGUAGUCAACAUUGAUGAAAUUCCGGAAACUGAAGAGGUAGUUGAAGAUGACGACUUCACAACGCAUACGUUGGACAGACUGAGUUCUGCAGCUACGUGUCUCGUUGCCGGAGUCGAAUACACUCAUGGACAACAGAUAUACCGAGACGACCCGUGUGAAUUUUGCCUGUGCCUUGACGGAGAGAUGUUUUGCUGGUGGCAAGACUGUCCGCCAACAUUAGAGGGUCCGUGUCGCGAUCGCCUGCCUUUCAGUCCUUGCGCGAAUGGACCCAGAACCAGCGCCUCUCCUAGAGUGUAUAAAGUGCCGUUGACUACGCAAAAAGCGUCUUCCUCGAAAGUUCCCAAUUCCGUAACGACGGAGACAAUACAUCCGGAAUCGACUAAUCCAACCUCUGGUGUAACGGAUACGAUCCCAACGACGUCGAGUGUGAAUCGAACUCCUAAAGUUUGCAUUGUAAUGGGUAAAGAAUACGCAAUUGGGGCAAGUUUACCGCACGACACAGGCAACUGCGUUGAGUGCAUUUGUGGAGCGGGGGCGCAAGUAACAUGCUCACCUCACCAAUGCGCGCCAGCCGGUGACGACAUAAACGACUAUCGUCCCCCAGGACCACGACCACUAUUAACAGAUACAUUUUAAUAACACACCCUUACAUCCACUACCCAAUUACCUUUUUUGGCAAUUAUCAUCAAAAUUUCUCAACCAUAUCAAGACCCAUAUCUUAAUUUACCUCCAUUUCGACUCAUACGAAAUACCCCACAUAAUGCCUAAUAAAUAAUAAUAAUAAUCAAAUGUGUGUGUAAAACAAUACCAAAAACUUUUAUAGUCAUUUUAUAUGUAGAAUAUCAAUGUGAUGUACGACCAAAAAAAAAAUUUAAAAAACCCACAAUCACACCGUUAUUUAGAGAUUGUUAUUUCUGAAUGUGCGCGUUCUUUAUUUUUAGAGAAAAACAAAUAAUCCCGUAUUCUUCCCAAAAAAAAGAACGUUUCUGUGAUCGGAUUGCCAGAGUUUUGAAUAAUGAUCACUUUUUUCUGACAGACUUAGAACGUAACGACAAGCAGAAAUAAUAAGAGUAGUGUGAAUAAGACUUUGACGAUAUUUAGUGAUUAAGUAUGUUAGGGAAAAUAGAUAGGAAAUUAGAACUAUUGUAUGUAGUGUAAACUGGCGUGUUCAUUAUUAAUGGCACGUACACAGCUUUUAAUUAUUUACUGCGGUAGUUUAUAUGAAAAUUUAAUUUUUCACUGCCUUUUUCGUACCCCAGUUUUUAAUUUCACUGUGUAUGUCAAGUCGCUUACACUUUUUACAUUGAAGGCCUAAGUUAAGGGAGUGAAACGUUAAAUUGUCGUAUACAUAGGGUACAUGUAAACUGAACAGUAUUAUUAAUUAAUUAUGUAGUACACUUAAUUGUUGAUUAUUGUAAAUUUUAUUCCUAUUGUAUGUACCAAAUAAAUACAGAUAUUUG